AGGAGGAAGCUAUAUAAAGACUCCUAAAAAGCUCACAAACACAAAGGGAACAAUAAAUCCUGAUAACAGUGAGACCAAGGAUAAUAACUGUCUACAAUGGGCUAUAUGUGCAUUUAAUGCAGAUAGACUCUCAGAAGGUAAGUUAGCAUAUUUAGAAAGAUUAUCAGUUCUAAGACAAUAUAAAGAUCUUGUUAACUUUGGUGAUAUUCUGGAUGGAAAGCCAGUCCCAGUUAGCAAACACAUAUUUGAAAAACUUGAAGCAUUAAACCCUGACUAUUAUUUCAAUGUAAAUGACUGGGAUGAUAAAGCAGAUGGAAAAGAAAAAAUGCAUUAUUUAUGGAUUAAAAAUCCAAUACUUAGAAAGCAUCAAAAGUAUUGCCAUGGUCCUACAGAUGUGCCUCAAUUUACAGAGCUUCCAGAAAAAG